GCGUCGAUUGCGCGAUGCGUGCCAAACACACCAGUCAUUUUCGUAGUAUGAAGUACCCUCGCUGCGUCCUGCUCCUCGUCGCUGCGCUGCUCGCGCUCGCGCAGGCCAAGUCGGCGCCGAUCCCGGUGGCCGCUGCCACGGACGCCCAUACGCACGACCUUAGCGUUGCCCGCUUCGCCCUCGACGCGCUCAACGCGCACCUCGCGACCGCCCACGCGAUGCAAACCUUCUCGACCCCCGACGUGACGCCCGAGGCCGCCAAGGAGUGGACGCUCACGACAACGGACGGCGCGACCCUUGUCGUCCAGGUGGACAAUGACGGCGACGCUGCCCAGCAGCUCCAUGCGGCGUGGUCGGUCGAGGCCGACGGUAGCCGCAAGAUGGUGUAUCACGUCAAGGCGCUCCCGUCGUCAUCGGCGUGGGUCCUUGGCCUCGGCGUGCUCUUCGUCGCGCUCGGCGUCAUCGUUGUCAUGUCGUCCAAGCCGUCGUCGAUUGCCCGCGCGCGUGAACCCCCGUCGUCGCCCAAGGGCAGCAGCUCGCCGCCGGCGUCGGCCGCGUCGGCCGUCCGCCGUCGCCGGUCCAAGCUCGACUAGACUCGAAUCACUAUAACCUUAUACCGGAAUGCAUUGCGUACCGUACCUUAGACGCAAACGUU